GCCAACCAAGCAGUCAUCAAUGUACCGUAAGUAAAGCAGGAUGAGUUCAUUGGUUCAUCCCUGCCUUUUGCCUUCAUCAGCAAAUUCCAGUCCAAUGUGUACACUAUGCUUUACAUCAGUAGGGCAUGCAUGCGCUGUUAAGAGCGACUACAGUUCCAUUUGAUGGUUAGUACGAGCCGGAAUUUACAGUGGCCUCUGAACCUUUCAGGAGGAUCGGCUGACCCGAUAACCCGAUAACCCUUGGAUUGUUCAAGGGCUCACUGGUGCUGGGCACCUGUGUUGCUUGCCGUCCGACCAGUCGCAAGGCACCUGCGACACCUCAAAAGCAGGUCCCACCGAGAUUUGAACUCGGAUCGCUGGAUUCAGAGUCCAGAGUGCUAACCAUUACACCAUGGCACCGUCGCAUGGCUUCCAGAGACAGCUGUCGAACACGGUCUUACAUGCCAUCAACAUGUAUGGUUGUUACUGUGCACACAACAAGAGACGGUAGGCACUAAGAAAUACCAGUGAAACAGACGACCGCAUGAAAAAGCAACUUUAACUGGCUGUCUAAAGUAACGUGGUCAGCUACGAGGGCUGAGGCUGAGAGCAGCAUGUUCAUUCUUUGCUGAGAGCAACACGUGCAAAAAGCAGGAGUCAGAGGCCACACAAACGGCACCGUCUCAGUUUAGCGUGUCAGGCACGCCCGCCGUACUACGAGCACAGUGUUUUAUUGUCUUCAUGCCGCCUGCCGUGUAAAGACUUGAUGAGUAAUCUCUGUCAGCAUCAUGUGGCAGACAACAGUGGCAGGGAAAAGCACGUCAUGUCAGAAGUGGGAUUCGAACCCACGCCUCCAGGGGAGACUGCGACCUGAACGCAGCGCCUUAGACCGCUCGGCCAUCCUGACUAGAUGGGCAGCACGGUCACAGGGCGCGGCACGCCGACACGGUCACGUAACAAACCUUUUGGCUCCAUUCAGGGUGCAGACUGCUACUGUUUUCACCUGGCAACAACAAGAACAACCUUUUGGGCUGGAGGACGAAGACAUCGCUCCUUGCAGUGGGGAGGAAGACUAAUGGAAGGCCAAAGCAGUUUCUACAAAAAUCCAGUUGCAGGUACCUGGCUUUGCUCAUGUGUACAACUUGAGUACCAAUUGCUCUGCUGAUAUUACUAGUCCUUUAGUUUGUGAACACAGCUUUGGCUUAGCUGAGGUUUCUGGUCGCUUGGACUUGAGCUCAGUCCUGUUACAGAGCAGUAUCUAUCGCAACAGUAGGUAGGCUGAAGUCAAGUGAGAAACAUGUUCACAACUGCGUGCGCAACCUUCAAGCUGGUUCCAUGGUGUAAUGGUGAGCACUCUGGACUUUGAAUCCAGUGAUCCGAGUUCAAAUCUCGGUGGGACUGCGAAGAUGUUAGAUGUUUGUACAGCACACUGUCUUGUUUGAGUGGCAGUUGCAAUAUUGCCUCCUCUUUGUCAUACGCUAAAUUGAGACUUCUGAAAUGCUUUGUUUCGGACUUGGUUCCAGAAUGCGUUCCUGCAGCUUCACGACCGUCCCACACCUACUCCUUACGACUGGCCACUUUCUGAUAAGUGCGGCAAUCUCCACUGGAAACAACAGCAACGCAUCAAAGUGUUUCCGCCCAGUUUCGAACUGGGGACCUUUCGCGUGUGAGGCGAACGUGAUAACCACUACACUACGGAAACCGGUGCUUUGGUCACAGUUGGUCGAUGAUUCAUGUCAUGCGCUCGAUCCCCGGUGAGUCUUGAUGCUGCGCAGCGGUGUAGUCCAGUUUCCUGUUGUGGCUAUUUUCAGAUUUUUCCCCCACCCAGCUUUGUGCACAGCCAUCCUGAAGGAAGCCCCCGUAAGCGCCACCGCCCUCAUCAACACAUACAGUCUGCUCACACAGAUAUUUGAGAGCAUCGUGAAAGACUGCGUAUGUGUUUAAUACACAACGAAGGCACGAAAAGCCAUCAAGAGGAGACGAAUGCACCAGCCCUCAGUUGCUCUUAUUAUGUGACAACGAUCAAUAUCUAACACAAGAAAGAGUUCAACCCAACUGCUUGGCACCGGCUGCGACCCUGCCUCCCACAAUGCGCUUUUGUGGGCUCUUCAGUAAAGGGGGAACUAAGGCUCCGGACCUGCUGUGUGUCGUAUAUUGGACCCCAUAGUUGGCCAUGCCUCCCUCGGAAUGUCUGCACUGUCCUGGUAAAGACAGGAAGACCGCGGCCGUGUGCCAGGGGCCACAAGGGCACGCGUCCUCGUUAGUAUAGUGGACAGUAUCUCCGCCUGUCACGCGGAAGACCGGGGUUCGAUUCCCCGACGGGGAGACUUAUGCUUCCUACCAGCAGCUAAUUGUUUUACCCACAAGGACAGGGGCUUCAAGCUCGUGCUGCUCUCCAGCCGAGGUGAGCUGAGGAAGGGUUAACCUUCCCUACUACAAUGGAGGCAAUCUAAAUCAAAUUGCCAACCAAGCAGUCAUCAAUGUACCGUAAGUAAAGCAGGAUGAGUUCAUUGGUUCAUCCCUGCCUUUUGCCUUCAUCAGCAAAUUCCAGUCCAAUGUGUACACUAUGCUUUACAUCAGUAGGGCAUGCAUGCGCUGUUAAGAGCGACUACAGUUCCAUUUGAUGGUUAGUACGAGCCGGAAUUUACAGUGGCCUCUGAACCUUUCAGGAGGAUCGGCUGACCCGAUAACCCGAUAACCCUUGGAUUGUUCAAGGGCUCACUGGUGCUGGGCACCUGUGUUGCUUGCCGUCCGACCAGUCGCAAGGCACCUGCGACACCUCAAAAGCAGGUCCCACCGAGAUUUGAACUCGGAUCGCUGGAUUCAGAGUCCAGAGUGCUAACCAUUACACCAUGGCACCGUCGCAUGGCUUCCGGAGACAGCUGUCGAACACGGUCUUACAUGCCAUCAACAUGUAUGGUUGUUACUGUGCACACAACAAGAGACGGUAGGCACUAAGAAAUACCAGUGAAACAGACGACCGCAUGAAAAAGCAACUUUAACUGGCUGUCUAAAGUAACGUGGUCAGCUACGAGGGCUGAGGCUGAGAGCAGCAUGUUCAUUCUUUGCUGAGAGCAACACGUGCAAAAAGCAGGAGUCAGAGGCCACACAAACGGCACCGUCUCAGUUUAGCGUGUCAGGCACGCCCGCCGUACUACGAGCACAGUGUUUUAUUGUCUUCAUGCCGCCUGCCGUGUAAAGACUUGAUGAGUAAUCUCUGUCAGCAUCAUGUGGCAGACAACAGUGGCAGGGAAAAGCACGUCAUGUCAGAAGUGGGAUUCGAACCCACGCCUCCAGGGGAGACUGCGACCUGAACGCAGCGCCUUAGACCGCUCGGCCAUCCUGACUAGAUGGGCAGCACGGUCACAGGGCGCGGCACGCCGACACGGUCACGUAACAAACCUUUUGGCUCCAUUCAGGGUGCAGACUGCUACUGUUUUCACCUGGCAACAACAAGAACAACCUUUUGGGCUGGAGGACGAAGACAUCGCUCCUUGCAGUGGGGAGGAAGACUAAUGGAAGGCCAAAGCAGUUUCUACAAAAAUCCAGUUGCAGGUACCUGGCUUUGCUCAUGUGUACAACUUGAGUACCAAUUGCUCUGCUGAUAUUACUAGUCCUUUAGUUUGUGAACACAGCUUUGGCUUAGCUGAGGUUUCUGGUCGCUUGGACUUGAGCUCAGUCCUGUUACAGAGCAGUAUCUAUCGCAACAGUAGGUAGGCUGAAGUCAAGUGAGAAACAUGUUCACAACUGCGUGCGCAACCUUCAAGCUGGUUCCAUGGUGUAAUGGUGAGCACUCUGGACUUUGAAUCCAGUGAUCCGAGUUCAAAUCUCGGUGGGACUGCGAAGAUGUUAGAUGUUUGUACAGCACACUGUCUUGUUUGAGUGGCAGUUGCAAUAUUGCCUCCUCUUUGUCAUACGCUAAAUUGAGACUUCUGAAAUGCUUUGUUUCGGACUUGGUUCCAGAAUGCGUUCCUGCAGCUUCACGACCGUCCCACACCUACUCCUUACGACUGGCCACUUUCUGAUAAGUGCGGCAAUCUCCACUGGAAACAACAGCAACGCAUCAAAGUGUUUCCGCCCAGUUUCGAACUGGGGACCUUUCGCGUGUGAGGCGAACGUGAUAACCACUACACUACGGAAACCGGUGCUUUGGUCACAGUUGGUCGAUGAUUCAUGUCAUGCGCUCGAUCCCCGGUGAGUCUUGAUGCUGCGCAGCGGUGUAGUCCAGUUUCCUGUUGUGGCUAUUUUCAGAUUUUUCCCCCACCCAGCUUUGUGCACAGCCAUCCUGAAGGAAGCGCCCGUAAGCGCCACCGCCCUCAUCAACACAUACAGUCUGCUCACACAGAUAUUUGAGAGCAUCGUGAAAGACUGCGUAUGUGUUUAAUACACAACGAAGGCACGAAAAGCCAUCAAGAGGAGACGAAUGCACCAGCCCUCAGUUGCUCUUAUUAUGUGACAACGAUCAAUAUCUAACACAAGAAAGAGUUCAACCCAACUGCUUGGCACCGGCUGCGACCCUGCCUCCCACAAUGCGCUUUUGUGGGCUCUUCAGUAAAGGGGGAACUAAGGCUCCGGACCUGCUGUGUGUCGUAUAUUGGACCCCAUAGUUGGCCAUGCCUCCCUCGGAAUGUCUGCACUGUCCUGGUAAAGACAGGAAGACCGCGGUCGUGUGCCAGGGGCCACAAGGGCACGCGUCCUCGUUAGUAUAGUGGACAGUAUCUCCGCCUGUCACGCGGAAGACCGGGGUUCGAUUCCCCGACGGGGAGACUUAUGCUUCCUACCAGCAGCUAAUUGUUUUACCCACAAGGACAGGGGCUUCAAGCUCGUGCUGCUCUCCAGCCGAGGUGAGCUGAGGAAGGGUUAACCUUCCCUACUACAAUGGAGGCAAUCUAAAUCAAAUUGCCAACCAAGCAGUCAUCAAUGUACCGAGGAUCGGCUGACCCGAUAACCCUUGGAUUGUUCAAGGGCUCACUGGUGCUGGGCACCUGUGUUGCUUGCCGUCCGACCAGUCGCAAGGCACCUGCGACACCUCAAAAGCAGGUCCCACCGAGAUUUGAACUCGGAUCGCUGGAUUCAGAGUCCAGAGUGCUAACCAUUACACCAUGGCACCGUCGCAUGGCUUCCAGAGACAGCUGUCGAACACGGUCUUACAUGCCAUCAACAUGUAUGGUUGUUACUGUGCACACAACAAGAGACGGUAGGCACUAAGAAAUACCAGUGAAACAGACGACCGCAUGAAAAAGCAACUUUAACUGGCUGUCUAAAGUAACGUGGUCAGCUACGAGGGCUGAGGCUGAGAGCAGCAUGUUCAUUCUUUGCUGAGAGCAACACGUGCAAAAAGCAGGAGUCAGAGGCCACACAAACGGCACCGUCUCAGUUUAGCGUGUCAGGCACGCCCGCCGUACUACGAGCACAGUGUUUUAUUGUCUUCAUGCCGCCUGCCGUGUAAAGACUUGAUGAGUAAUCUCUGUCAGCAUCAUGUGGCAGACAACAGUGGCAGGGAAAAGCACGUCAUGUCAGAAGUGGGAUUCGAACCCACGCCUCCAGGGGAGACUGCGACCUGAACGCCAGCAGCCGCUGGAUCGUCUGUUUAGAAUUCUGUAAUGUUGAAGAUUACGGCCAAUGGCAUCUCGCUAUUCCAACAUUCUCCAACAUUCUCCAACAUUCUGGACCAAUCGCGUUGGCGAAUUCUUCCCAGCGUUCAACAUUUGACCAAUGACAGCGCAGCAAUGUUAGAGCCGAGGGAGGCGGGGCGAGGGUAUCCUUUCGCCAUUUCGGGUCACUGUCAUUACGUCCGAAAUUUUCCACUCGCUACAUGUAUCGAAAUGGCAAUGUCUUCCAAGACAAAAUCGCACAAGGCAAUGUCCGACUCAGAGUGGAUGUCCCGUCUGAGAAGGUUUGCCAGCACUGGGUCCUGGCCUGCAGGUGAAGGCAACAGACCUGCUCCCAGGCAGAAGAAAUGGUUUGAGCUGUAUCAGAGGAUUGAGAAAUGUCCGAUGCAGACUCAUGGACAGAGGUCAUUGUUUGGGCAAGAGAGGAAGUGCCAAUGUGGAUUUCAUCAACCAAAGCCAUCCACACCAAGUGUUGCUCCGCGGACUGGAGGGCAACCAGCUGCAGCUGUGGGUCAAGUCCAAGGCCCUGUGGGGCAACAGAUUGCAGCAGCAGGGGACCCUGUCCAGAGGGUAGCAGCUGGUCCUCUGGUGGGUUCCGUAGCUGUUCAACAGGCUCCACCAUCCAGUCCAGCCCAGAGUGCUCCAGUAGUACCAGGACUGAGACCUGAGGGCCAAAAGACACGACCCAUUUUGAGUUUGGCAAUGUUUACUAAGCCAAGAUUUGGUGGAGCGCAUGUUGCUGCUGCAAAACCAAAUCUUAGCAAAGCCAGAAGAGUAACCAAGACCCAAAUCACAGUCACAGACCCUGCUGAGGAAAGUACCAGUGCUCCUUCCAGCACUCCUGUCUCAGCUUCAACUUCUCAAGCAGAGAGCCAGGCGCCAGCACCUGUCCCCAGUCCAGCACCUGUCCCCAGUCCAGCACCUGUCCCCAGUCCAGCACCUGUCCCCAGUCCAGCAGCUGUGGUUGCCACUGUGUCUUCUGCUGCUGACACUAGGACAGAAGCACCAGCUUCAACCUCCCCCCUGCCCCGUUUGUGGUCAGAAGGUUUGCCGCCCGAAGACCACAAAUGGAUUGAAAAAUCUAUCCUGAGGACGGGGCCAAAAGGGAGACUGCAGCUUCAGGACCAUCUGAAGCUGUGGCACUUUCCACCUCAGCCGAGUCACCUGUACAACCAGGCUCCAGCACCAGACCGCUUCUUUGCCCAUCCACUGUUUGUAUGGAUGCCAUACAAGUUGUGGAAGGUGAAAGUGGUCUGUCCUAAUGCAGCCUGUCAACAGCACCAACUCACAGGAGCAGGGCUGCAUAAGAGGGCACGGCGGGUCCUUGACGUGGACAGGACCUACAAUAUGGUGACAGAGACACUGACCUGCACCAAAUGUAGAGCCACCCACGUGUCUUGGAGCCAAACUGUCCUCAGGCAGCUGGACUUGGCUCACAGGUCUGAAUUCCGGGUGAUCCUGACCCAGAAAUAUGCCUGUGACAUCCGGGUGAUCCGCUUCCUGCGGGAGAGAGGUCUGGGUAACAGUCCAACACGGGUUGUUAAGCAGCUGAUGGAAAACCACUCUGAGGAGUGGCUGCAUCGGGUUGCCAGGUACACCACAGAGUGUGUGGACUUUCAGCAGCGCCCCGGACUGCUGCCCAUGACUUUCCCUGAGCCCCCUGAGCCUUCUGUGGUGCCAAGCUGCAAGUGGCUCCUGUCUGUCUACAGCCAGGACAUCUUGACAAGGCUCGAGGACAUCAAGGCCAGGAUAACAUCCACCUUUGGCACAAUUUUAAAGAUGGACUCGACCAAAAAGAUCACCAAGAAGCUUGCCGGCACGGCUAAAGGGACAGCUCUCUGGCUCACCUCCGUGGGGAAUGAGCAUGGUCAGAUUCUGAUCAGUGUGCUGACCGCUCAGGAGGGAGCUGGCCUGGACAUGAUGGCAGCAGACCUGGUACAGCGUUACCAGAAAGCUGGUGUCCAUCCCCCUGUUGCCCUGUAUGUGGACUGUGGCUGCUGCUCCAACGCUGGGGAGACCAAGCUGGAGGCCAGAUUCGGUGGGUGGCCUGACCUCAUCGUCAGGCUCGAUAUCUGGCACUUCAUGCGCAGAAUUGCCCUGGGAUGCGCAACAGAUGCUCAUCAGUUGUACCCGGUCUUUAUGUCACGCCUGUCAGCGUGCAUAUUUGAGUGGGAUGCAGCUGAUUUAGCUCUGUUGCGCGAAGCAAAAAAACAGCAGCUUCAGUCCCAGGGCAUGGCAGUCACAGAUCAGGACAUCAACAGGCAUCUGUCCAGGGGGGAGCUGGCCCUCCAUUGUCGGAGGAGAACCCGGGGUGAAGAGGCCACCACCCAGAUGCUGGAGGAGCUGCUGCAGGGGCUGACGGGGACCAGUGGCAACGACUCUCUUGGAGUUCCCCUGUUUGACAUGGACAGGAUGGAGCACAUCUGGCAUGUCCAAAGCAAGCACAUCAAAUGCAUCCAGGACCCGCCAGGUGUGUCUCUCUACACAAAAACAGGGGAGCUCACUAAGGGAGGUGUGCGGUUGCCCACAUUCAGGUGCGCCAGGGGCUCUACAUCUUUGGAGUCCUUUCAUUUGCACCUCAACCGCUUCAUCCCAGGAACCAGUGCCAACAGCCUGAAUUUUCAGGUUUACUUGCUUGAAGGACUCCAUAGGUGGAACCAGGACCGUGGUAGUGCUGCCCUGUCGGCUGGACCAUCUGCUUUCCGCAGCUACUCGGGUGACCUGCUUCACUGUGUGAACAGGAACUAUGAGAAGCUGUUUGGCAGGAAGGUGGUCCCAGAGUUCUGUCCACCCUCCCCUUACACUGGAGAGCUCAUAGGGCUGCAGUAUCUGUUCCGGCAGACUGGUCAGGCACUGCAGGAUAUGCACCCUGAUUCGGAGGAGACUGCUCAGAUGGUGGAGGAGCAUAAUGUGGAGGACAAUGAGGAGGAAGAUGAGGGGUUUGCCGAAGCAGCAGAGGACCCAACAGUGCUGGACCAGGAAGCUCUCCAUGCCCCUGCCACUCUGACUCCUGGCCUGAGCUCUAGUGUGUCCACAGCUCAGCUCACCUCCUCCACAACAGCUCCUUGCAGUUCCUCCAGCCAAGCUUCGAGCACCUCCUUCAUCCCAGCUCCUAGCACCUCCUUCGGGACAGCUCCCAGCCCACUGGCCAUAGCUCCCUCUCCUGGCCCAUCUGCAGUAGCCUCUGCUUCGUCAUCUCUGGUCUCAACUUCAUCCUCUGAGACUGGAGUUGAUAUGCAGCCUCAUGAUGAUGAUGUGGCUGUGGACGAGCAGAAUGUCCCUGGCUACCAGAACGUGGACAGACUCGCUGAGUUUUUGGUGGAGCUUCGGAGUCAGACGUCCCUGUGUCUCACCAACCAGCAGGCCAGCACCAUCAAAGGCCUGUGGGACAGCCUCAACGAGCGGGACAGGCAGCGGGUGGUAUAUGCUGCUCGACACCAGGACAGGCUCCUGACUGGAAGGUUUAGAACACCGAAGAAGCCCUCAACCACGCCUGGUGUGGAGAGCACUGCCCGCUGCCUGUUAGGUGCAAGUAGCGCGCCUGCUCAGUGGCCUAACUGCUGUCGGUUGGUGGAGAACAUUUUCAUUCGACUCUGCAGCAUUCACCAAGGCCCAGUGAGGAGAGGGAAGACAGCUGUCUCGAGGUGGUCCCUUAUCUUGAGGGAUUACCACAGGAUAAGGCAGCUGGUGCUAGGGAACUCUCUGGUGAUGCAGCAGACAGCCAUUCAGCUGGUGGAGGUCAACCAGAACACCCUGAUCCAGUGGUUCAACUCCAGGCAGAAGAGACAGGAACUGUCUGUGCUGCUUCAGGGUGCCGUCCUACCUCCAGCCAUCUCUGAAUCUGCAGAGCCUCUUCAGGAGGCAAGAGUGCUAGCUGCUCAGCCUGCACCAGCGCAGCAGGAGCACCAGUACUGGCUGCCAGAGAGCACAGCUGGUCAGGCACAGCAGAGGCAGAGGGGUCCUAGUCAGGUCCCCCGCACCAUCUUACCGAAAACACCGGGCAAGAGGCCUCUGUUUGCCGGCCCCCCAGCACCAGCACCCAGUCUGACAACCCAGUUUGUCUCUCCACCUGGACAAAAUGUCAGACUAAUACAAGUGCCAGUUAUAUAUCCUGUGGCAGUUUUCCCUCAGACAGGUGCAGCUACAAGCCAAGAAGAAGCCCCACCCAAGAGGCCAUACAGGAGGACGGUGGAGGCUAACACCUGCAAAAAGUGUGGCCAGUUCAGGAAUGCCGAAACUGGCCACAGCCAGUACUAUGGCAAAGUGUACUGCCCUGAGUUUGAGACCCUCACCAAACAGCAGUGGCUGGAGGAAAUGAGGAAGAAAUUCCAGAAGUAGGCUGAUCUUGUAAAUAAUAACUAAAAUGGCACACUAAAUUAAAACUGUAAAAAUUGUAUAUAGUUGUAAGUAUUUAUGUUUAUUUUUGUUGUUUUGUAAGUUAUGAUAGUGUGCAAUAAAUUGUUAUAUUUUCUACAAACAAACACAA